AGCAGAGAGCUGAUGGGGCACUCAAUCCCAGGACUCUGGGAUCAUGACCUGACCCGAAGGCAGAGGCUUAACCCAUUGAGCCACCUAGGCGUCCCGAGCUUGCAGUCUCUUAACCUCUCUAAUUACACAAAUCUAUGUGAAGCUACAGCUGUGUUAAGUGUGAAAGGAGGUAUUUUGUGCUAUAAGAACCAACAACAGAGAUGUAACUAGUUAGAUCAAGGAUAUUUAAGCACAGAGCGGCAGUGACUUGUUCAAGGUAACACCGCAGCGGGAACGAUAUGCCAUGAAGCAGUGAGUCUUUACAAAUGGAGAAAUGAAGUACCAGGAGGAUAAGGUGAGGUCCUCCAGGUCACACUAGAAGCCAUGGCAAUAGGUCAUCUAAACGCAGGCGCGGCUAAUGAGGCCCUGUAUGCCUGUCAGGGGCUGAAUCGGAACCCGCUGCCCUGGGCCUCCUAUCCUCUGGCCCCAAAGCCCUUCGCCCCCUCUGGGACCGUUUUCGGACGCUCCCUGGCUCCACUUCUCAAGGGAGGGGAUGGAGCUGUCGCGGUGGGAAGGCACUGGACAGCUCAGCGACCCAGCCGGCGUGCGUGCGGGAGCGCAACCCCGUCUUUUGUCACUGACCACUCAGCGGGGGGCCGGCAGGCUCGCUCUUCGGCUCGGCGGGCCCCGCGCCCCCUGCUCGCUGCUGGCCGUGACGCGGACGGCGGAGGGCAGGAUGAAUCCCCACCCGCCUCGCCUGCGCAGCCCUCUGGUCGCGGCGGGGAGAAGCCACCAGGCCCACGCGGCCGGGCCCGCGCGCCCCGAUCCCGCUCUGCGCGCGCUCCGCGCCCCGCGUCCUGCAGGGAGGCGAGCCCGCCCCCUGUGCGCGCAGGCGCGCGCGGCGCGGGUCUCGGACGGCAGCUCGGCGCUGGGCGGCCACGGGCGGGCCUCGCAGCUUGUAGGCCUACCAGGAUGGAGGGGAAUGCCGAAAUGGAGAUGCUGAGGACACUGAAGGGGCCCUCCACAGGAGAGGUCAACGUGCACCUGGUGGCCAGAGACAGCCCAGGUUCCAGCUCUCACCUGCCCGCUACCGCCUUCAUCAUCCCAGCCGGCUCGGCCACCCUUGGCCUGCCCAGCAGUGCCCUGGAUGUUUCCUGUUUUCCACGGGAGCCCAUCCAUGUGGGCACUCCGGAGCGAGUGGCGGGCAGCGUACCUGUCACGGCCACCGUUCUGCCGCAGUUAAGCCCCGGGCCUGCGGCCAGCUCCGGUGCCACCUCAGUGCGGCUCCUGGAGUGGACGGAGGCCGCGGCCCCGCCUCCUGGGAGCGGCCUUCGGUUCCGGAUAAGCGAGUACGCACCGCUGAACAUGGUAGGAGCGGAGCAGCCCCCGAGCCCAGAGCUACGGCCCGAAGGUGUGGCCGAAUAUGAAGAUGGCGAGGCCCCGGCGGGAGGUGGCGAUGUGGGCACCCAACAGCCGGCGGACCUCCCCCAGGAUCCUCCAGAAGAUUCCCCACAGGAUCCCCCAGAAGAUGAUGGCACCUGUCAGUGCCAGGAGUGUGGACCUCAGCAAAGCGCGGUUCCAGAUCCUGCUGGUUCCUCCAAUGAUGACUGCCCGCCGCUGUUCCAAGAGCGGUCAGUCAUAGUGGAGAACUCCUCCGGUCAGAACUCCUGCACCAGCGCUUCUGAGCUUCUCAAACCCAUGAAGAAGAGGAAGCGCAGGGAAUACCACAGCCCAUCAGACGAGGAGUCAGAGCCUGAGACCUUGGAGAAGCAAGAAGAAGGAAAGGAUCCAGAGGGACAGCCGGCUGCUAGCACCCCAGAGAGUGAGGAGUGGAACAACAGCCAGUCUGCAUCAGGGGAGAAGAAAGAAGGCUGGUCAUGGGAGUCCUACCUCGAGGAGCAGAAGGCUGUCACUGCCCCUGUCAGCCUCUUCCAGGACUACCAGGCCGUCACUCAUAAUAAGAAUGGCUUCAGACCGGGCAUGAAGUUGGAAGGCAUCGACCCUCAACACCCGUCCAUGUACUUCAUCCUCACCGUGGCGGAGGUGUGUGGCUACCGCCUACGUCUGCACUUUGAUGGGUAUUCCGAGUGCCAUGACUUCUGGAUCAAUGCCAACUCCCCUGACAUUCACCCUGCCGGCUGGUUCGAGAAGACUGGACACAAGUUGCAGCCCCCCAAAGGUUACAAGGAGGAGGAGUUCAGCUGGGGCCAGUACCUGCGCAGCACACGAGCUCAGGCCGCCCCCAAGCACCUGUUCGUGAGCCAGAGCCACAGCCCCCCACCCCUGGGCUUCCAGGUGGGCAUGAAGCUGGAGGCAGUGGACCGCAUGAACCCGUCCCUCGUCUGUGUGGCCAGCGUGACCGACGUGGUGGACAGCCGCUUCCUAGUGCAUUUUGACAACUGGGAUGAUACUUACGACUACUGGUGUGACCCCAGCAGCCCCUACAUCCACCCGGUGGGCUGGUGCCAGAAGCAAGGAAAGCCCCUCACCCCUCCACAAGACUACCCAGACCCUGAUAGCUUCUGUUGGGAGAAGUAUCUGGAAGAAACCGGGGCAUCUGCUGUGCCCACCUGGGCCUUCAAGGUGCGACCCCCACACAGCUUUCUGGUCAACAUGAAACUGGAGGCCGUGGACCGCAGGAACCCAGCCCUGGUGCGCGUGGCCAGUGUGGAGGACGUGGAGGACCAUCGGAUAAAGCUCCACUUCGAUGGCUGGAGUCACGCCUAUGACUUCUGGAUUGACGCCGACCACCCAGACAUCCACCCUGCGGGCUGGUGCUCCAAGACAGGACAUCCCUUGCAGCCUCCUCUCCGACCCAGAGAGCCCAGCUCUGCCUCCCCCGGGGGCUGUCCCCCUCUCAGCUGUCGGAGCCUGCCACACACUCGGACCUCCAAGUACAGCUUUCACCACCGGAAGUGCCCCACUCCUGGUUGUGAUGGUUCCGGACACGUCACAGGCAAGUUCACAGCUCACCAUUGCCUCUCGGGCUGCCCGCUGGCUGAGAGGAACCAGAGUCGGCUGAAGGCGGAGUUAUCCGACACAGAGGCCUCGGCCCGUAAGAGGAACCUCUCGGGCUUCUCCCUAAGGAAGAAGCCUCGCCAUCAUGGCCGGAUUGGACGCCCUCCUAAAUACCGGAAGAUCCCGCAGGAAGAUUUUCCAACGCUAGCCGCGGACGCCAUGCACCAGUCCCUCUUCAUGUCAGCCCUGUCGGCCCACCCGGACCGCUCGCUGUCUGUGUGCUGGGAACAGCACUGCAAGCUCCUGCCGGGAGUGGCGGGCAUCUCCGCCUCUGCAGUUGCCAAGUGGACCAUUAAUGAGGUCUUCAGCUUCGUUCAGACCCUGACCGGCUGUGAGGACCAGGCACGACUCUUCAAAGAUGAGAUGAUUGACGGCGAGGCCUUCCUUUUGCUGACACAGGCGGACAUUGUGAAGAUCAUGAGCGUCAAGCUGGGUCCGGCCUUGAAGAUCUAUAACGCCAUUCUCAUGUUCAAAAACGCCGAUGACACCUUAAAGUGAGUGGCUCGGGGCCGGGCUCACCUCCAGCCCAAGCUGGGCCUCCCUCCGCAGCCAACGCUUCCUUCCCAACUCGAGUUCCUCGUAUCCCACCCCCACCCCCACCCCCCUCUACGACUUACCAGGGGUUGGUGCUCCUUCUCUCUGGGGCUGCUUCCUACAGGAUACCUGGGAGUCCUAGCCCCCGAGUCCUGGGGCUCAUCUGCCAGCAGGCACACCAGUGAGGGUGUGACUGGGCUGGGGGAACAUUACCGGUGGAGUAGACCGGAGGGGCCCUGCCUCUGGCCGCCCCACAUCUCUAGCUGACUUGUGUGAUCACCAAAGGGUCUUUAUCUUAGCGGUUAAGGACAAUCUAUUAGAAGGGGAAUCCUCGGGUCAGAGGCUAAUUUCUCUUGGGCCUCUCUCCAUGCUUUUCUUGCCUUGGCUCCAGCCAGGAAGUGACCCAGCCACAAACAUACGUACUUGCUCCGCUGUCUGGUUUCCUGGGCAGGGCCCACCCAGACCCCACUGGCUCUUCCCCCGUGGAUGGGUGAGCUUUGGAAACAGGUUGUCCUAGGAUACACUGGGCGUCUCUGGCUGCUUUUCUCGGGAUGCCAAGCCCAGAUGCCUUUCUGAGCAUGCUGUUCUGAUGAGCUGGCAUUGUGGUGGCCCACGCCAAACCCUGUUUCCAGCAGAGUGGAUGGUUAGGACCUGUUUCACUUGUGCGGAAGAGUUUAAGGCUCCACAUGGGUUCCCCAUAUACCCUUCCUGUAUCAGGUGUGGGGAAGAGGCAAGCACAAGGGUAUGUCAGACAAUCUCGGGUCUUUGCUCCCCAGAGGGGCAUCUCCAGCAAGCAUGAUGGUCCCAGAAGCUGGGCCUACCAUCCUUCCCUGCAGGCAUGGAUCUCAGCCAGGGUACUGGUCCUGGGGUGAGGACCCCAUGCCUGCCAGGCCUCCUGCCGUGGGGAUGUGCCGCUCGGUCUAGCGCGCAUACCUCACAACAUCACAUUCGACCUGUCCCGUCAAUGUCUUGCUCUUGAGGUCUUACAAAGCCCCCUUGAAGUUGGGAGUUGGGAAGGUGAAUUCUUCUGUCUUUGAAUUCUCUGUGUUCCGUAAGCCUUUCUUACCACUCUCCAUCUGUCUUGCACUGCCAGCCGGGUGUCUGCUGGGGCUCGGGGACUUCAACCUUUCUGUCCAAGUGGGGGCUGAGCCUCCACCGAGCCGCUGCCAAACCAACCAGGGUGGGGCAGGGGCAGAGGGCCCGGAGCAGCUGGCCCCACAGGGAGGUGAGGGGCAACCGCCAAGCUCCCGUGGCCCCAGGUGCUGCGAUGGGCCUGCGGGGUGCAGAGCCCGACCCUUCCCUCAGUCACGUGGUAUGUGUGUGCACAUCAGCGCCCCCCCAGAAGUGUUUGACAGGUGCAUCUGUGAGGCUCAGUGUUGGGAAAAUGUCAAGGGCUAUUAUUGUUAAAAUAUGAAGCUUUAUCUUUCCCAUAGAAGUGGGAUACCCAAAGCUCUGUUGAUUUCCUGCCACAGCCCAGUAGGGGACUCUCCCUCCUGUGGGCCCAGACAGCUCUGGGCCGGGGCAGCCAUUCAGCCGCCCCGCUGAACUCCCACAGGACUUCUAAUGUUCCUGCCCUUUCGGCCCUUAGAGGCAGCUCUGAGCACAGCCUUCCUGAGAAGAAAGUGGGUAGGCCCUGCCUCUGGCUGAGGCUCAGGCUCCCAGAGGUUGCAUUGGUGCCCCACUUUGGCCAAGAGGCAGGAGGGGCCAGUCCGAGCCUCUCUCCCUUGGUUCGCUUGGGUGGUGGCAGAACUCUCUAGCAACUUGGCCUGGUCGGCUUCUCUUUGAAACUGAGGAGAAGCUGGCUUUGUGGUGUGAGGAGAAGGCGGCAAGGAUGCACGGCUGUGCCGUGGGAGCUCCCCACUCCCGAGGAGCAGGACUGGGACAGCUCUGCCACGCGGAUCUGCCGGCCACACUCGCAGUCGACGGGAGAGGCAGGCUGGACUACCAAGGGCCUUGAGGAGAGGGGCCCCAGGCCUCCGAACUUGGAGACCUCAGCACUUUCUGCACCAACGUCAAACUCUUCAGAAAGAAACCAUAAGAAAGGGGGAAAGCAGUCGGCCCUCUGGCCCCUUCACCCACAUCUUGUCCCUAGAGGAGAUCCUCCCACGUUGACGGGGAUGCAGGUGAUGCGCCAGCGCCCUGCUCUGGGCAGCAGACACGGCUCACACUCUGGCCCCCAACAGCUGCACCCAGCCCCCGGCCCGGCCCUGGCUUAGGUCAGUGAGGACCUUUCUGUUAAAUUUCUGAAGCAGAGAGAACGGACCCAGAGUUUGAAAACGAAGCCUGUUUGCACUUUCAUUCACAUGCACUUUGGUGGGAUUGUUUUUGUAUCUUCCGUGUGUGUGUGUGCACGCGUGUGCGUGUGUGUGUGUUCUUUAAGAGCAUCUUCUGGUUUAAGAUAAAAUGACUCUUGGCUCUUGAGGGAGAAAAAUUUACAAGCUGUGGUGUGAUGUCAGUGUAUUGAAACAACAUAAAUAAACUUUGAACGUUGGGUGAUACACA